ACCGGGACCCUGCCACUCCUUGAACAGUUGGUGUUAGUUGGACAAGGCGCCCAGUUCAUCGAGAACGGCAUUGACAGUCCUUGGCGGAUGUUCGCACGUAGAGCCGUUCGACUUCGACAGGCAAUACUCGGUGACCCCGGCCCAGGACCUUCGAAUUUUGCACCACAAAUUGACCUACCCCGGCCUCAGUUGAAUCAGUUCAAAACUUACAAGGCCUUCCAUUACGAUUGUGUCCCCCACCAGCGGCUCCAAGAUAUGGCCGGCUCAUUGGUUGAACUUGACCUCAGUUUUAGGCGACCUCCUGCAUACCACAAUUACACGGGUGCAGUAAUCCAAUUUCCACACCUUCGCCGUUUGGUCAUUAUGGAUGAGCAGCUAUUGGGCUGUUUCCAAACACCUGCGUUGACUGAACUGUGCAUCGGGCAUUUCCAGUCAUUCAAUCCCUUGACUUCCUUCUUCAAUCGCUCGGGAUUCAACCUCACCAGCUUCAAGGUCAUCCGCUACAUCCGGUCAACCUUGUUACAGCUCGUCCCGUUUCUCCGACAUUUUCCUAAUCUAUGCACACUCGCGGUCGAUGGUUUCGGGGACGAUGAGGCCAUGUUCUCCAUGAAGGAUCUCAUCGCGGCUCUGGUCGCAAGCCCUCCCGAGAGCGACAUUCUCUGUCCUCUCCUUACUUCGCUUUCGCUGGGCGACUUUGGCGACUUGCUCGUCGAAGUCAAGCUCCGUUCUGCACUCGUUGAGAUGGUGCGAACCCGCAGUAUGGAGGGAGCGCCGUAUGUUAUCGAGGGCAGAUGUGCUUAUCUCAAGAGCUUUAGUGUCUACGGAAACCUCGUCAAACUGAGAGGUGCUGCUCACAGGAUCCGGUCCAUGGGCAUUCAAGUCGAGGCUUUGACCGGUGAAGCCGCCCGACGAGCGGUCAACAAUUGGCGAAAUUACUAUAACAUGUGA